CGCGAAACUUUGGCACAUACAAAAAAAUAACUCUUGGACGCGCGUAGGCGACCGUGGGCGACUGUUGACGUACUUCGUGAAUUCCGACCAACUCCGACAGGCAGCAACAAGAGUUCCUCGUGAAAUAAUGUCUCACCAGACUGGAAUUAAGGCUAAUGACGCGUUGAAGAAGUUGUUCGCGAAAUGCCGUGACGGAAAGAUACGAGUAUUAAAAAUUUCGAUAGAGAAUGAGGAACUAACUCCAGCAUCUAGUCUGAAGCCAAUUAACAAAUGGCAAGAUGAUUAUGAUAAGAUGAUCAAGCCACUGAUUGUGGAAAAUCAACCAGCUUAUAUCCUUUAUAGAUUGGACACAAAAUCACCAGAUUCUGGCUAUGAUUGGUUAUUUAUAUCUUGGUCUCCUGAUACUGCACCAGUACGACAGAAAAUGCUUUAUGCUUCUACUAAGGCUACGCUCAAGCAGGAAUUCGGUACAGCCUCAAUAAAGGAGGAAUUACAUGGCACUGUCCCGGAAGAUAUUACAUUAGAUGGUUAUCACAAACAUAAAAGAAACGAUACAGCGCCUGUACCACUGACAACAGCGGAGGAAGAAUUAGCUGAAUUGAAGAAGACUACCGCGACUACCGACUAUAGUGUCGAAACAAGACAUCAGACUUUGAGUGGCGUGGCCUUUCCAGUAACAGAUGAAGCCAAGCAAGCCAUUACGGAACUGGGUAAAGGAAUUCACGAAUACAUUCAAUUAAAAAUUGAAUUGGAGGAAGAAAAGAUACAUUUAGUCACAGCUUGCGAUGUUUCACUGGAUAAAUUACCUACUAAAGUUCCAUCUGAUGCUGCUAGAUAUCAUCUUUAUAAUUUCAAGCAUACUCAUGAAGGAGAUUACACAGAAAGCAUAGUUUUCAUAUAUAGUAUGCCAGGAUAUAAUUGCAGUAUUAAAGAAAGGAUGUUAUAUUCCUCAUGCAAAGCACCUUUGUUGGACCUAAUCCAGUCUCUAGGAGUAACUAUAAUAAAAAAGCUUGAAAUAGCUGCUGGACAGGAACUUACCGAAGAGUUUUUUCAAGAGGAAUUACAUCCAAAAAUCAGUUUACAUCAGCCAAAAUUCGCUAAACCCAAGGGUCCACCGAACAGAGGUGCUAAGCGUAUAACCAAGGUUCAAGAAUUAGCAUCCUCUGGACAAGAAAAUUAAAAGACUUUAUGAGGUUAUUAAUAUUAAAAUAAAA